AAAAAAAAAAAAAAAUGCAGACUUAUUUUGCACAGUGUCUGCUAUGCUGUAGGUCCUCUCUAGAGAUUGGAUCUGAAUGUAGGGAAAGUAGAAAGAGUUGGCAAGUGAUGAGAAACUGCAUGAGCUAGCGGGGGUUUCAAGUACAGCACACACGAUUGGUUGAUUUGAUUUAAGGGAGCGAAUACAGGUGUGGGACUCAGCAUAGCCCUCAGUGCAGAGCCAGCACCCAGAAGAUGUUAAUCAUUAGGUACCGUGAGCAAAGACCAGGAGGUGAGCGUGGGGUUCCGAGCAGGGAGAAUGCACAGCUGACAGGGUGGGUAGAGUGGAGACUGUGUCCUUUAAGGCAGCCUGCUUGACUGCUUUUAUCCUGGCUGUCAUAAGGCAAGUUUUCGGGAGCAGGAAGGAAGAAAAGCUGACCGCUAUCAGAAAUUUGGCUUAGUGGCCUCUCAUCAGGGAAAUGAGCUUGGUCUGUCGGGUGGGAGUUCACCAGAGUUGAAAGGACAAGAAUGCUGUAUGUUCAUACACUGAGCUCUUCAAAGUAGGAACUUCGCCCUCUAAAGCAGAAGAGUGGUGUUUUUCUUUCCUUCUUCUUCUUUUGUGGUUUCACAUAGCAAAUGAGUGACGGCCUCUACUUACAGACAAAGUGAGACGUCAGGCAGUGAGGCGUGAGUGUGGCUUGUAUUUCUGGUCCUCCGCUCCUUCACUGCUUUCAUUUUACUCUUAUCGUGCUUUCCAGAAAGUUCGCCUGCUGGGAGAGUCUUUUUGAUUAUUUCCCAUGUGUUGUCAGAUAGCACCAUAGAAUUCAGUUUCUGAGAACCAGCCAGAAGCAUGCAGUGACAUUGCAUAAUCUGCCUCUGAAGCCGGAGAUAUUAGCUGUAGAGCUCAGGGGAGCUGCUCCACAUCACCGACAUGAAGGGAACAGGCGUCGUGGACGGUGCGCCCAAGGCACUCCUGGCCAGGGCGCUUUAUGACAACUGCCCUGACUGCUCUGAUGAGCUGGCUUUCAGCAGAGGGGACAUCCUGACCAUUCUGGAGCAACACGUGCCAGAAAGCGAGGGUUGGUGGAAGUGUUUGCUCCACGGAAGGCAAGGUCUGGCCCCUGCCAACCGCCUCCAAAUCCUCACGGAGGUCACUGCAGACAGGCCGUGCCCCCUAUUCCCGAGAGGCCUGGAAGAAGCUCCUGCCAGCUCAGAGGAGACCUAUCAGGCCAUCAUCACGCUUCCCAGACCUGCCCAGGCCUCACUGCCGACUCUGCCUUCCCAGGUGUACGACGUGCCUACCCAGCACCGGGGCCCCGUGGUCCUGAAGGAGCCAGAGAAACAGCAGCUAUAUGACAUACCAGCCAGCCCCAAGAAGGCAGGACUCCAUCCCCCAGCCGACCAAGCAAGUGGGCAUGGUGUUCCCCUGAUAUCAGUGACUACCUUAAGAAAAGGCAGCUAUAGCACAUUACCAAGUCCUCAGAAAUCGGAAUGGGUUUAUGACACUCCAGUGUCUCCAGGAAAGGCCAGCAUCAGACACACGCCUCUCCCCAGCUUUGCAGAAGAAUCAAGGCUCCACGCUUUCCCCAGUUCCAGCUCCACUUUCCACAAUCCUCCAGGUGGCAGAGCCAGGUCCCUCACUCCACAACUGAAUACCAGUGUGCCCAUGCAGAAAAAACUCAGUCUUCCAGAAAUUCCUUCUUAUGGCUUUCUUGUACCCAGAGACACAUUUCCUUUGGAUGAAGAUGUCAGCUACAAGGUUCCUUCAAGCUUUCUGAUUCCUCGAGUGGAACAGCAGAACACCAAGCCCAAUAUUUAUGACAUCCCUAAAGCAAUAUCGAGUGUUUCUCAGGCUGGGAAGGAGCUGGCGAAAGCCAAGGAGGUGUCAGAGAAUUCCACGGGCCAUAAUUCCUCAUGGUUCUCCAGACGGACAACUUCCCGAUCUCCUGAACCAGACAGAUUAUCAGGUUCCAGAUCUGACAGCAGAGCCAGCAUUGUUUCUUUGUGCUCCACCACAUCCACCGACUCCUUCUCCAGCUCUUCCUCGGAGGAGUCAGCAAAGGAGCUCUCCUUGGACCUGGAUGUGGCCAGGGAGACAGUGAUGUCUUUGCAGCACAAGGUGGUCAGCUCUGUUGCUGGCCUGAUGCUCUUUGUCAGUAGGAAGUGGAGAUUCCGAGACUAUCUGGAGGCCAACAUUGAUGCAAUCCACAGGUCCACUGAGCACAUAGAAGAAUCUGUAAGAGAAUUUCUGGAUUUUGCUCGAGGAGUCCAUGGGACUGCCUGUAACCUCACUGACAGUAACCUUCAGAACAGAAUUCGGGACCAGAUGCAGACAAUCUCCAACUCCUACCGCAUCCUGCUUGAAACAAAGGGAAGCUUGGAUAAUCGCAAUUGGCCUCUGGAAGUUCUUGUGACUGACAAUGUCCAGAACAGCCCAGAUGACCUUGAGAGGUUUGUCAUGGUGGCACGGAUGCUUCCAGAAGACAUCAAGAGGUUUGCCUCCAUUGUCAUUGCCAACGGAAGGCUCCUUUUUAAGCGGAACUGUGAAAAGGAAGAGACGGUGCAAUUGACCCCAAAUGCAGAAUUUAAGUGUGACAAAUGCAUCCAGCCUCCCCAAAGAGAAACUGAAUCACACCAAAAGAGUACCCCUUCCACUAAGCAAAGGGAAGAUGAACACUCUUCUGAACUGUUAAAGAAAAAUAGAGCAAAUAUCUGUGGGAAGAAUCCUGGCCCUCUUAUACCCCAGCCUUCAAGUCAACAGACUCCUGAGAGGAAACACCACCUGUCUGAACACUGCCGGCUCUACUUUGGGGCGCUCUUCAAAGCCAUCAGCGCAUUUCAUGGCGGCCUCAGCAGCAGCCAGCCUGCGGAGAUCAUCACUCAGAGCAAGCUGGUCAUCACGGUGGGCCAGAAGCUGGUGGACACGCUGUGCAUGGAGACCCAGGAGAGGGACGUGCGCAACGAGAUCCUCCGCGGCAGCAGUCACCUCUGCAGCCUGCUCAAGGACGUAGCGCUGGCCACUAAGAAUGCCGUGCUCACGUACCCCAGCCCUGCCGCGCUGGGGCACCUCCAGGCGGAGGCUGAGAAGCUGGAGCGACACACGCGGCAGUUCAGAGGGACAUUGGGAUGAGGACUCUCUACCUCCCUUCCUCCUCUGCUCACCUCUCAGCUUCACACCCACAACUUGUGCAACUCUGUCCUAUGGGAAAAGCCAGCCGAGGCAUACACUGAUCAGCUGAAACAGACCUGGUACCCAAAGACCCAAAGCUGGUAGCACCAAGUGGCUAAGCAACCCCGGGGCACUGACUUACCCCACAGGGGGUCAGGAAAGAGAGUCCAGAACCCAGAAGGCAGAGGCUGCAGUAAGCUGAGAUCACACCACUGCACUCCAGCCUCACUCCAGUAUGAGGUAAAGACCUUGUGAAGUUUAGCAUAUAUGGAGUAUGCAGUAUCAGCUUGAAGUGACUUCGUAGAAAUAAUAUUUUAUAUUGAUUAAAUGUGUGCAUGUUUUGUUUGUUUGUUUUUUGAGACAAAGUCUCACUCUGUCACACAGGCUGGAGGGCAGUGGCGCCAUCUCAGCUCACUGCAACGUCUGCCUUCCGGGUUGAAGCAUUUCUCCUGCCUCAGCCUCCCGAGUAGCUAGGACUACAGGCAUGCACCACCAUGCCCAACUAAUCUUUGUAUUUUUUUUUUAAUGAAAGGUCUCACAUAUUUAUUACUGAACCCAGCUAACCAAUGCAUUCAUAACAGAUUCAGAGAGAAAAAAUAUAUUCCCAAUAAAACAUGUACAACUCUCCAGAGAGUGGUGACAUUUUCAGCUUGAUGUGGUAACAUGACUGUGACCUUCAGACAGCAUAAAUGUGUGUGCCGUCUCAUGUGCAAUUCCUUAUAGGCCCACCUUGGUUCUUCUCCAAUGUCUCCUCUUGGAGUUGUACUUGAUAUUAUUACCAGUUUUCAUCUGAAUCCACUGGGGAGUGGGGCGAUUUUGUUUUCGCUUCUUGGUCAGGAAUCACAAUCCUGAAAGUCUUAUGAGAAGACAUGGCAAGAAGCAGAGUCAAGCACACACCACAAUGGCAGAGAAAGGAAGAGCUAAUUUUUGUAUUUUUAGUAGAGAUGGGUUUUCACUAUGUUAACCAGGCUGGUCUGGAACUCCUGACCUCAGGCCAUCCCCCACCUUGGCCUCCCAAAGUGCUGGGAUUACAGGCGUGAGCCACCAUUCCCGGCAUGUACGUGUUUUAAAUUCACUCAUUUAACAUUUAUUUAUUGGAUGCCUACUACAUGCCAAGUUCUAGGUGCUGGAGACAUAACAGUGUAGCAGAGGCCUUGCCCUCGUGGAACCUACAAUCUAGUAGGGGAGUCAGACAGUAAAGUGAUGAAGAAAUACAUACACAGUAUAGCAGGUGCCAGGAAAAACGUAAGUUGGCGAAGCACAAGAGAAAUUGUUUUUAAAUGGUUAAUUUUUAUUGCAUUCAUUAGAAAAUAGAGUAAGUUUUUUUUGUUGUUUUGAAUUGAAUUAGUUCUGUGAGAUUGGUACAAAUUAUGUAUGUGUCUUGGUACAAAUUAUGUAUGUGUCUUGCACCCAUAAAUAUAUAUUUUUGCUGUGUUACUUUAACCUAAAGAUAGAUGUUAUAUUUACAACAUAACAUGAUCUGUUGGGUUCUCUAUUAAUUUAUUUCAUUCAUUACAGAUUCUGGGUUGAUAAAUUCUGCUCAGUUUGAAAAA